GGGAGGAUGGAUAUCAGGGGCGACACACGGGGUGGGCGACGUCAUGACAGAUGGGGCGUGGAUGCGAUGGAUGCGACCCCUAGCCACUGCACACACGACACCUGAGAGAAGACGAGACGCGACACAGGGAGAUACACCAACACUUCUCUCAACGUAUGUGUGUCUCUCUGCUUCCUGGCCUACCUUGAGCUAAAUGUAUUUCCGCCAGCCCUUCUCCAGGUCCUUCAUGGCACCGGUGGCGGCGUGUGGUUUCGGACGGCGGGGUGGGGGAGGGAGGGGCGGUCUGUUGAGACCGGUGUCGAUCUUGGCCUUGGCCCCUUUCACCCUCCCUCCGUCCCACACCCUCCGCCAUGCCCUCUGCUCCCGCUGGCGCAGCUCGUCCUGACUGGGGAUGCCGCCCUUGCCGGUGUGGGCUACCCAGGACUGGCGGCGCUUCCCUUUGGGAGGGGUGGGGGCGGAGUCGAGGGACUUGAGCUGUGAGGGGUUAGGGAUCGGCGCGAGGGGCAGGGAGUGGAGGGUGGUGGUCGCACUGUGGCGGUACUUCGGCAGCCAGAGGUCAACGAUGUGCUCGAUGGCCUGAAUGCAAUGCAGCCGAAACACCGACAGUCUACCCUCCUUGUUUGUAUGUGCGUGCGUGUGCAUGUGGAGUGAGGAAGCCCUGCCCCCGCUCACCUGGUCGGUCUGGUAAAGGCCGCGCUUCAGCCGCCGCACCAGGUCCGCAGCCUCCCUGGUCUGCAAUACAAGUCGAACAAACCAAGCGAACCAUCCAUUUCACCCAUCAAAUUGGUGUGUGUGUGUGUGUGUGUCGGGGUGUGUGUGUAUCUGACCUUGUGGUCGCCCAGCAGCUUGUGGAACACCUUUCCGAGCUCCCGCGUGUCGUCCUCCGCAUCAUCCUUCUGCAAGCAUCCAUUGUAAAACACACACAUACACACACACGAGCCCAUGAAUGAUCUACCCUCCAAUCCUAGCUGACAGAGAUAUGGAAACAUGCACCCUUCUUACGAAGGCUUUCGUGUGUGGGGCGUCCUCGUCCCUUUCCAUGGGGUCCAGGUCUAUGACCGCCAGCCGCCCCUCCCUCGUGAUGGGGUCCACACGCAGCCCCAGAUUCUCGCCUGGACACGCCUCCGCCCCCUGAAACACACGCACACAGACAGACAUUGAUUGAUACAAGACGGAUCGAUGCAGAUAUGUCGUCUUUGGCUUACGAGCAUGUCAGUGUGUAUGAUGCCUCUGGCGUGGAGGUAGUUGACGGCCUGCAGCGCUUGCCGCAGCAGAGGCACGAGGAGGAACUGACGGUCCUCGCCCAGCCCCGCCACAAACCCAGAGCCGGCGAGAGUACCGCCUGAAUGGAUAAAGCAGGAAGAGACACAUUCGCAAUUGGUGGACAUUGCUGCCUCUCGGCCUUUGCGUACCGUUGCAGAAUUCCAUCACGACCACCUUGACGGUGGCGUGAUGGGUCCGCACUCUGAGGAUGUGGGGGGCUUUGAUGAUGUUCUCGUGCCUCACUUUGGCGUCGGCCGCGAUAUCCCACCCGUUGGCCACAUACUGGUCCUGCGAAUGCACACACACACACACACACACAGACGUGCAUCCAUGCAUGCCGCUAGCCCCAUUGUGGUCUUGCGUACCCGCUCCUCCUCGGUCUCGUAGAGCUUGAAUAUCUUGUAGGCGUAGCGGGAGCGGUCGUGCGUAUCAAAGAGCACCUCCACACACCCAUGCAGACCCUCCCGCACCGGAACCGUCCCAUCCACGUACACACUGUUGGUGUCGCUCUCUACCGCCCUCGCCACCUCCUCCUGCACACAAAGGCCACAGACAGAUGCACGAAUGCACCGCUCAUUGCCAAAAUGCAUCCGGGGCCGUACCCUCCAUUGGAUGAUUACAUCCUCCCACUCCUCCCGUGUCAGGUGCCGGCGAAGCUGCAUACAGCACCAUCACGGAACACACAAAUGCAACGGAAUGCACGCUCCAAUGAGGCGCUCACCGGCUUUCUCUUGCCGUUUGUGCGCACAGACGCCAGCGCGUCCUCCACGGCGACAAAUCCUCUCGCUGACGGCAU